AUGGACAAAAAUCUACCAGCGAAAGCUCUUUCCUACAGCAACGACGGAGAUAUGUAUUUUAACAAUGGCGAGUACGCAAAAGCACUUUCAUCCUUCGAACAAGCACUUGACAUCUACAAAACAAAUCUCCCUCCGAAUCAUCCCUACAUAGCUACUUCCUACAACAACAUAGGAUUAGUGAAUGAUAACAUGGGCGAGCACGCAAAAGCACUUUUAUCCUUCGAACGUGCACUUGAAAUCUACAAAAUAGCUCUUCCACCGAAUCAUCCUGAAUUGGCUACUGCCUACAACAACAUUGGUGGAGCGUAUAGAAACAUGGGCGAGAUCGCAAAAGCACUUUCAUAUUACGAACAAGCACUCGAAAUUGGCAAAAUAGCUCUCUCUCCGAAUCAUCCUGAUAUGGCUACUUCCUACAACAACAUUGCUGCGGUGUAUUAUAACAUGGACGAUUCUUCCAAAGCACUUUCAUCCUACAAACGAGCAGUUGAAAUCUAUAAAGUAGCUCUCCCUCCGAAUCAUCCUGACUUGGCUAGUGCCUACAACAAUAUUGGCUUCGUCUAUUCUAACAUGGGCAAAUAUUCGAAAGCACUUCAAUAUUAUGAACGAUCACUUGAAAUUCGGAAAGUAGCUCUCCCCCCGAAUCAUCCUAACAUGGCUACUUCUUACAACAACAUGGCUGCGCUGUAUAAAAAGAUGGGCGAGCACGCAAAAGCACUUUCAUAUUACGAAAAAGCUCGAGAAAUCGAGUAA